CGCCAUCGGGGGAAAGGCACAGAGACUCUUCGACAGACAACCCUCGCACGUUUCUAACGUCUUUAACAGCAAGUUGAUCUUCAAAUACUGUUUUUAUCACCUGACUCGCGCUCUCGUUUUAGUUACUGCGGAUGAAUUAGUUCGACCGCUCGCUGUAUACCAUUAUUACCCAAGCGCGUAGUUUUUUUUAGCCAUAAUUUAGAAGUAACGGUCAGUGGAGAACCUGAGCAGGCUAGCUAACGUUAGCUAGCGACCUGGCUAGCUGCACACGAGCUGAGCGCUGCUCAGUGGUGGGGUGGGGGGGGCGGUUUGCCUACAGUGGCGUUUGAUGGAUCCUAGAAUCGCCUGGUUUCAGCCAGAACAACGGGGACCCGCUAACAACCUGUGGAUGCAGAUUUGGGAGACGACGCAGGGGUUCGGGUAUUUGCACGUCAAUAGCAGCUACUCCACGGGAUCUCAGAGUACUCCGAGCCUGAAACCAAUCGUCAACAACGGGGCGUCGGGAGCCGUCCUUACUUACAGAAACGGGACGCUGGACUCGCACAACGGUGGUGGAGACGUCAAGACUCAGGGGAUGUCUACCUCAGCUGGGGUUGGCGAAAUGACGGAACAGCGGGACUUUAUACCACUGGACACCAACAGCAACCACAACAACCGAGCCGCGGGCAGGGGCGGUGUCGGUGGAGGGGGGCAGCAGGGCAGCGGGGUUGCUGUGCUUUGGAGGGGACUCACGGACGGACACCCCAACAAAAGAAAGAGAGACAAUAAAGCUAGCACUUUCGGAUUCAAUUCCAGUCUCUUGAACAAUGGUUGCGGCUCUAACACGGAAAGAUAUGAAGGUUACACGGGCACGCCUUGGAAAGUCAGGAACUACUCUGAAGGAGUUGUGGGCUUGCACGAGGAAAUCAAGGAUUUCUACGAGUACAUUUCCCCACGUCCAGAGGAGGAAAAGAUGAGAUUAGAGGUUGUGGACAGAAUAAAGGGAGUCAUCAAGAACCUUUGGCCCAGUGCUGAGGUCCAAGUGUUUGGGAGUUUCAGCACUGGCCUUUACCUGCCAACAAGUGAUAUUGAUCUGGUGGUUUUUGGGAAGUGGGACACACUGCCUCUGUGGACUCUGGAGGAUGAACUGCGAAAAAAUAAUGUUGCAGAUGAGAACUCCAUCAAAGUUUUGGAUAAAGCGACGGUUCCCAUCAUCAAACUUACUGAUUCCUUUACUGAAGUCAAAGUGGACAUCAGUUUCAACGUGAAUGGAGGUGUUAAAGCUGCUCGGCUCAUCAAGGAAUUUAAGGAGAAAUAUCCUGUCCUGCCUUACCUAGUCCUUGUGCUGAAGCAGUUUCUACUUCAAAGAGACCUCAAUGAGGUUUUCACUGGUGGAAUUGGUUCCUACAGUCUCUUCCUCAUGGCUGUUAGCUUCCUGCAGCUUCAUAACAGGGACGUUUCUAGCCCCAACAUAAACAUUGGUGUUCUGCUAAUUGAAUUCUUUGAGCUCUACGGUCGCAACUUCAACUACCUGAAGACAGGCAUCAGGAUAACAGACGGUGGUUGCUAUGUUGCCAAAGAUGAGGUUCAGAAAAACAUGAUGGAUGGAUACAGGCCCUCUAUGCUUUACAUUGAGGAUCCUCUGCAGCCAGACAAUGAUGUUGGCCGGAGCUCAUAUGGUGCCAUGCAGGUGAAGCAGGCGUUUGAUUAUGCCUAUGUUGUCCUCAGCCAUGCUGUGUCACCCAUUGCCAAGUACUACCCCAACAAUGAGAAUGAGAGUAUACUUGGUCGGAUAAUCCGAGUGACUCAGGAAGUGGAUGAGUACAGAGAAUGGAUCCGAAAGAACUGGGACAGCCAGUCUCAGAAUGAUCGCUCUCUCAACAGAAACGACGUCAAAUUACUUGAGUCCAAACAGCUUGACGAGUGCAACAACAACUUCCCAGACGACGAAGAUGUUGUGGUUCUUCCUUCUGCUCCUCACAGCAAGUCCUCUUCCAACACUUCUUCUCCACUCCCUUCUCUGGGCUCGUCUCCUUCCUCGUCCCCGCUGUCGCCGUCUUCCACAUCCUCCAGCGAUGCGGAUUCGGAUGGUACUCCAUGCAAGACAGUCAAACAACAGCCUGUCCGAAACGCUAGCACACACAGAGAAAAAUCUACGGUGGUCAGUAAUCACCGCAUACAGAAUCACUCUACCAGCACUCCACCUGCAAGCAACAAAGGAGGAAAGGCCAGGAUGUCUCGUUCCAACAACAAGAGCGGCCACCACGGCCAGCAGAACUCCUCCUUCAGCUCCAGAAGUCAUCAGAGCAACAAGCCACACCACCAAGGGAACAGCAAGAAGAGGAAAAACAUACGAGACUCUACACAGGAGGAUCUUUGCAGAUAGGGGUUUGUCUGCUCAUCCGUGUCGUCACCGACAACCAUCUCCCUUCUCCCCUCCCCACAUCCCCGUCUGCAACUGACUAUACUAUCCCACUUCUGCUGCCAGAGGGGGAAAUUGUUGGUUUGAAAACUUCUGCAGAAUCGGUCACCCAUUUUUAUGGUGGCAGGUAUUUUCUAGCAGAAAUAGGAAAAAAAGUGUUAUUGACCAUAUGUUUAAUUUCUUGGAGCUGAACUGAAUCACAGACACUCUGCUUUCCAGCAGUUUUUACAAAGUAGUUAUUCCUUCCCACAGCCAGCCUCUUGUGCCUCCUUCUGUCGAGGAUUGAACAGGUUGGAUGUCUGGAAACUCCACUGGAGCAACAUCUGGAACUGCCGGCUGGAAAAAAAAAAAGGAUCAAAACUAUUGUGCAAAAAUGUUUAAAAAAAAAAAGUAGAAAUUGCAAAAUGUACAAAAAUAUAAUGCUGAAAAACAAACAUACACAGAUUUUCUUUUAAAGCUGUUCACUUACAAAUCAAUCAGUAAGAGUGGGAAAUAACUUAUGCAUGAGAUUUUUUUCUGUUGGUUGAUUCUACUGUUGGAUUAAUCUGUUUUGUUAUGUCCAAACAGAUUGUACAAAAAUUUGUACAAAAACAAGCAUAUGCAAAAAAAAAAAAAAAAAUGUUAACACAAGUUUCAUACGAUGUUUUUACAAGAUUUCCUGAUUGAAGUCACAAACAUGCACAUCUUAUUCCUGUUCCUGUUUGGCUAAAGCCAACAGGUGGUUUGGAUCCCAUUGCCAACGGAAAUCAUCAGCAUCCACUUUUACUCCUGGUCCCUGUCUGAUUGUGCUACUGUGUUAAUAUUUAGCCUUGAGAGAGCCAGAGCUUAGACUACAUCUCCACAGAUGACAGAAAGGAGCUCUGUCGCAUCAAGCUCAGUAGCACUACCACACCAGUGUAAAGGCUUUAAAACUGCAGAUUUAAAUAUAUAUUUGUGGUGAUAAUGGUUUUAUGAAAAAUCCUAAACUUGAAAUGUGUCAACAGUUAAACUAUGGGGGGUGGGGAUAAUCAGUUUAUUUGGUAAUCUACCUAUUACAGAAUCGUUUGUAUUCGUUAAAUGUAUUUAUUUUUUUAUUAAUUACAUGAACAUAGUAUGGAUAAAUGUAUUAACAUUAGAGCCCAUAUCUUCAAGUCCUAUUUUUUAAAUAGAAUACGUCAUGGGAAGGUGGGGUGGGGUAGGAACAAGCAUUCAGGUACAGUAAAAUAUCACCUUUUAUUGUUUCUGCUAGACUUUUUUUUAUUUCACUGAUUGUUGAGUGACCAAGUUUCUUUUGAUAAUUGAAGAGACCAUUUUGUAGGUCAUAUAUUGAGAAAUUUCUUUUAAUUUGUGGCUGGUCUAUCUAGACUAAAAAGGGAGCUUUUUUGCCUUUUGUUUGUUGAUUUUUGUUCAAAUUUCUAAAAUGUCAUGGCUGCAAACACUUUACAAAAUGUCAAUUCCUUCUGUUCUGUUGCUGCAGUACAAAAAUUAACCUGUAGAUGGAGUUAUAGCUCUAAGUCUUAAUCUAUACACUUUUGGCUUGUAUACUGCAUUUGAGUAGUUUAUUUAACCUAUCACUUUUUGUUAUUGGUUCUUUAAAUGCUCAUAUCCCCACUAAAUGGGCAGCUGCACACACAAACUCCCCCUUUAAGUUGAGUACUUGCUUGGAGGGAGUGACACACCAAAGCACAGCUCAGUCUCUUAUUCUCACCCUGAAAUGACCCUUAAAUUUAAAUAACCAGCAAUAAGCAUCACCUUUUAUUCUCUUCUAUUUUGCAUGCCUAGACAAGCAAAAGCACAUACAAGUCUCAUUACUGCCCAUUCGAAUUUGUGUUAAAAGGAUAAAAGACAAACAGUUCCACCCCUCCUCACCAACCAGGGUUACAGUUGUGGUUAAAAUGCAGUAUAGAAGCGGAGCAGGGCUUCUGAUGGACAGAUCAGGACAGAUGUGAACCAGAUUUGAUGUGCCAUCUGAAUGUCCCCUCACCACGUCACUUUUCACUUCAGAAAGGCUUUGAACCCAACUGAACUCAUCUAAAAAAAAAAAAAAGGUUGUUCUUCUGCAGCUAUUACAAUUCAUGCAAUAAAAACAUUACCAUUA